AAGAUUAAGGUUUUGCUUCUACUUGUCGUUUGGUGCGUCGGUGUAUUCUUCGUGGCUAACGAGCAAACUUCGGUGUUUCUAUUCUCCCACAUUUCUCAGCGACCCAAGCGGAGCUUUUUGUUAGUGUGGGUUUAACCCGCUCGUAAUUGCUAUUUGGUUUGUCUAUUGCGUGGAAAACCUGAAGGAAAAAACUUGGGAUUUCCAACAUUUUCUCGGCAGCCAAACAGAACCAUUCAUGGCAAAGAACGAAAAAAAUAAUAAUAAAAUGCUCCGUCCCCUAUGUCCGUAUUUUAAUAAUAUUGAUUGUUUUUAGUACGGUGGUUGAUCAGAAUAUUAUAUUUAUACACUGGCUAACAGAGUCUCGUGUUGCUGUCAUGAUAUUAUUGUGGGUGAGGUUUCAACUUGUAUUGUUUAUUUACUAUUUGAUUUUUGUGGGAAAUAUUUGUUGGGUGUGCUCUUUUGUUAUUUUUAUUUUUAUUUUCUGUUUUUCUGGUCGACAAACUAAUGCUAGAAUUUGGAGUUGUCAUAUUCGGCACGAUUCGAACCGAUACGAAGGUAGUGAAUUUGUGUUGAACAUUACUUGACACGAACACAAAUAUAACAUGACCCGCUCACACAAAUCAGAUUAGUGUCAAAGAUGAACAAUCUAAUUUUGACAUGAUAAACUCCUUGAAUUCCUACCGUAUAAAAAAUGAUUAGUUUCUCCUAUUUCUUAACAUGUAUUUUAUGAGUCCUUUGGUAGUUUGAUCAAGAUGAUUUGUCAUUUUAUAAACAGUACUUGUAUUUAUUGAACAAUGAAGUAUUGCAGGACAAAGGAAGCGAGAUUAGUGCUGUGUGGAACAUAAAGAACAAGAGGCCGCUGAAUUAGUAUCAGAUUAAGUGUUAUUCAACUUUUGCAUCGGCCAUGACUAACAACCCGAGAGUUUUGAAAGCCUUUAAGGCGACGAGGGCCUUGGGAAUUCCUGAUAGAUUGGUCAAACCAGUUCUGAAGAAUUUGCUGGCUGUGUAUGAUAAAAAUUGGGAGCUUAUUGAAGAAGACAACUACAGGACUCUUGUGGAUGCAUAUUUUGAGUCUCAGGACAAUAAGGGAGAAGAAGAUAGGAGAGAAGUUGAUAUGGGGCAAGGUGGGUCUGAAAGACCAACUAAAAAACUGCAUUUGGCUAAUGACGAAGAUCAUGGAGAAAGUGAAAUUCCUUCAAGAAUGGUCAGCCGACAGGCAAGCAUGGAGUCAUCUGAACCUUGUUUAAGAGACGGCAGAGCUGGAUCUAGUUCUCAAAUUCCCCUCAAACAGUCCCGUGACGAAGGAAAGAAUCCCACAUCAUCUGCACUCUCACGUGGUAAUCACAAGAAAGACUUUCUGAUUCCAAAAACUGAGGAAUCCACAAAUUGUGUUCCAGUUUCUGCACAACCAGCUCCAAUGAGACGUCCAGGUUCAUCAGGGGGUAACUCUGUCACAUCCUUGGCGUCCUCCGAAGUGGGUACAAGUGGUCGGGAUGCCCUCCAUGUUUCAGGACCAAGUAAGGGACCUUGUAGAAUAGAACAUUCUCAGGCACAUUUAAAUGGUAUGGGUUCGAGCUGUCUUAUCACUCGUGAGGGAAAGAAGCCAAUUAAAUCUCUCGAUGACAUAUCAAAAUCUACCGAAAAAGUGAAAAUAUCAUUGGCAGAUGAAAUUGGAAAUGAGUCUCUCCCGAAGUUCAAUUAUAUUCCGGAUAAUAUAGUUUACCAACAUGCCAAUGUGAAUAUCUCACUGGCCCGUAUUUCGGAUGAAGACUGCUGCAUUGGUUGUUCAGGAGAUUGUCUUUCAUCAGAAUUUCCAUGUGCAUGCGCUCAAGAAACCUGUGGGGAUUUUGUGUACACAAAACAAGGCCUGCUAAAAGAAGACUUUCUAACAGCUUGCAUGAGGGAACCAGAUAAGCAAAUUUUUUUUUAUUGUCAAGACUGCCCCCAUGAGAGGUUGAAGAAUGAGUACAUGCCUGAAAAAUGCAAAGGUCACCACAUCAGGAAGUUUAUUAAAGAAUGCUGGAGAAAAUGUGGAUGUGACUUGUGGUGUGGAAACCGGAUAGUGCAAAGGGGUAUUUCCUGCAAGUUACAGGUGUUCUUGACUCCUGAAGGAAAAGGCUGGGGUGUUAGAACAUUAGAGGUCUUGCAGAAGGGGACAUUUGUGUGUGAAUAUGUUGGGGAGAUAUUGACCAAUACGGAGUUAUAUGAGCGAAAUACGCACAGCAGUGGAGCUGAGAGGCAUACCUACCCUGUAACACUAGAUGCAGAUUGGGGCUCAGAGCGAGUUUUGAGGGAUGAGGAUGCACUAUGUCUUGAUGCAACAUUUCAUGGAAAUGUUGCAAGAUUUAUCAAUCAUAGAUGCUGUGAUGCAAAUUUGAUUGAUAUCCCAGUUCAAGUGGAGACUCCUGACCGUCACUAUUAUCAUCUUGCCUUUUUUACAACCAGGACAGUGAGUGAUUUUGAAGAGCUGACGUGGGAUUAUGGGAUUGACUUUGAUGAUCUAGAACAUCCUAUUGAGGCAUUUCAAUGUAAUUGCGGAAGUGUAGCUUGCCGGGGCAAAAGACAGAAAGGACGAAAAGUUAGAUGAGCAGUGAUCAAGGCUGUACCUUAAACUGGCAUAACUUGACUGUGUGAUAUGAUAGCUGAUGGUUUUGAAGCACAGCAGUGGCUGAUCAUAUUUUUGAAUGGGAAUGCUUCCAAGCCCCAAAACUGGACAAUUUUGUUGAAAGUGAGAAAAUUUAAGCAGAAUGUUGGAGAAGAUUAGAUAUAUUUUUUAGAAGCCAUAGAAGCACACUGGUGAUCAUAAACAGGAUCCUUGUAAUGCUAUCUCAUUCUGUGCGUUUUCGUGGGAAAUUUGUAAUCAACUUGAUUUUACUUAUUUCAUCAUCCAAUUUCCCAUUGUCACUGAAAAUUGAGGAAUGACCUCAGGUUUGAGUUUCAUGUUCCUGAAAGGGAGCGACUCUGUCUGUAGUGGUGGAAAAGACAUGAGCCAAAUAUCAUGCUUUGCCUUCCUCAUUUUUUUUUUUCCAGUAAGAAAGUCGUUAUGUACAGUCUCUGUUGUCAAUCAACUCAAGUUGGAUACCA